CUGUUUGAGUUUUACAGUAGGAAGUGUCCUGUGAGCGUGCACUAUUUAAAACAGGGGCUUUCUCAUUUUUAUUACAAGAAAACAACGCAAUUUGUUUUAUGUCUAUAUCACGCUAUAAACUUGUUAAAAAUUCCCAUUGUUACCAGUGAGUGUGAGUAAAUAACUUUAAACUAAUUGCCACUCGACUGUACAAGCGUCAUUAAGGACACCCUGCCGAAAUACAGGUAAAGUUGUAGGCCCCCAUCCCCGGAAGAAGUUUACAUGACGUAGCCCAAAGUUGUGUUUUCCGUUACAUUCUAUAAUUUAGAAUUUGAUGAGCUAUUUUAAGUAGUAUUUACACUGCCAACAUGCUUCAGUCUCUUUGGAAAAAGAUUCCUACUCAGAUGGAUUUCAAAGGCCAGAAGUUAGCAGAACAUAUAUUUCAAAUCAUCAUCGUUGUUUCAGCAGUGAUUGGUUUUGCAUAUGGGUACAUGAUUGAACAGUUUGGGUGGACUGUCUACGUUGUUUUGGCUGGAUUUGCCGUUUCAUGUUUGCUAACUCUUCCUCCAUGGCCUAUGUACCGCAGGCACCCACUGAAAUGGCAGCCUGUGCAAGAAUUGAGAACAGAAGAAAAGAAACUGUUAGAAAAGAAACCCAGAAAAAAAUAAAAUGGCAUGCAGAUUGAGAUGGUCUCAAAUAAACCCAUUUAUUUUUGUAGUUUGCAUAUCUUCUAAAAAGAGAAUUCCAUUCAUUUUGUUGUAAAAUGCAUCAUAGUUUUUUUUCAUGACAUUUAAGUCGCUCUGCAUUAUUGUUUUGUCCAGAUGUUUAACACUUUUCUUUUCACUGUAUGCUAGGAAUGUCUUAAAUUGCUGAGUCCUAAAGAAAACAAUAAAGUCAAAAAUAAUCUAUA